GUCAUUAGCAUUCAGGGGGAACUUGUGAAAUGACACAGCUGGGCUGUAAAAACACCAUCCCACAGACUUUGCUGCCAGAGGAACUCRACAGCCAGCACUGACAGAGCAGAGAGCACGACUGCCCAGGCCAUGGAGCGAGAACCCAUGCGCAUCAGGGAGGGCUACUUGGUUAAGAAGGGCAGCAUGUUUAAUACCUGGAAGCCAAUGUGGGUCGUGCUCUUAGARGAUGGAAUUGAAUUCUACAAGCGGAAGGCUGAUAACAGUCCCAAAGGGAUGAUCCCACUAAAAGGAAGCUCUAUUCAYAGCCCAUGCCAAGAUUUUGGCAAAAGAAUGUUUGUCUUCAAGCUCACUGUGGCCAAGCAGCAGGACCACUUUUUUCAAGCUGCCUUCCUGGAGGAGAGAGAUGCCUGGGUGAGGGAUAUCAAGAAAGCAAUUCAUCACAUAGAUGGAGGCCAAAGGUUUGCCAGAAAAUCCACAAGGAAGUCUAUCAGAUUGCCUGAAACAAUCAACCUGAGUGCUCUGUACGUCUCAAUGAAAGAUCCUGAAACGGGAAUAAAGGAGCUGAAGCUGGAAAAAGAUAAAAGAGUGUUCAAUCACUGCUUUACRGGCACCUGUGUCAUUGACUGGCUGGUGUCCAGCAACUCCAUCCGAAAUCGCAGAGAAGGUCUCCUGCUUGCCUCUUCCCUCUUGAGUGAAGGAUACCUGCAGCCUGCUGGGGAYACAUCCAAGGCUGCUGCUGAGGGACUGUCAGACACCCCCUUCCUAGAUCUCAGUGAUGCCUACUAUUACUUUCCAGACAGUGGAUUUUUCUGUGAGGGAUAUUCCAGUGAUGAUGAUGUGGUCCUGAAAGAAGAAUUCAGAGGCACAAUUGUCAAACAAGGAUGUUUGCUGAAACAGGGGCACCGGAGGAAGAACUGGAAAGUGAGAAAGUUUGUUUUAAGAGAUGAUCCCGCCUACCUUCACUAUUAUGACCCUGCUGGAGGAGAAGAACCACUCGGAGCAAUUCACUUGAGAGGCUGUGUGGUGACAGCAGUGCAAGAUAUGCCAGACACCAAGAAGCAUGAUGUUGACAACAUCCUCUUUGAAAUCAUCACAGCAAAUGAAAUCCACUAUUACUUGCAAGCAGCCUCAUCCACAGAGCGUACAGAGUGGAUCAAAGCAAUCCAGUCUGUUGCUAGGACUGGUAAAUGAAGAUGAYCUGCCAACAAGAAGACAGAUAAAUUAAAUUAGUUACUCAAAACAGAAUUGAGCAUUUCACCAAGAGAAAGCAGUAUCACUCCAAGUGGCUUGUGUAUAGGGGAUGAUGACUGGAAGUUUCAAUUCUAUAGAGGGCACUAACAUACUAACAUUUUUCCACUUGUGUUAUGGUAAUAUUUUACUAAAUUAUAACAUAGAACAUGCCAUAUUAGUGUGUGUUGCUUAGACUAAUCAGUCCACCUUAGGAAGCACGUACCCACAGCUGAUAGUGGGAAUCUCACCAUUAACAGCAGUCACUCUUAAUUGAGUUCCACUGACAGAGAGGAACUCAAUGAAUCAUCCUCUCUUCAGUUGUGUUUCAGGAUUUUUAUGUUUUUCAGUCUUCUCCAGACAAGUUUUACACUUUCUGCUUUGCCAGAUCAUGUUUCUGUUCAUUCACUUUUACAAAUAAUGCCAUAGAUUUCAGGAAAAAAGUCAACCCACUUGGAAACGUGAUCCACUCCUGUAUAAUCUGUCAGCAUUAAGGGAGAGAAGAAUGCAGACAACUMUGGAAACAGCAGUGGAAUCAAGUACAACUCCAUGACAGCAGUAUGAGGAAGAGUGUCUUCCCACAGUAUUUCAAACACAAAGCAAUCUCACUUCAAACUCCAUAUCAACCAAUUUUAACCCUUGCUAAAUUUCUCCACAAGAAUCUGCACUGGGACCRUUGUUUCUCUUUAUUUAGAUUUACAAAGCAGUGGGAUGUCAGGUACUGUACUCAGCUUUUUUUAUAAAAGCUGGGAUGUCAGGUGCUGUACUCUGAAUGAAGAACAUUGUAGAAGGGAAAGGAUCCAUGAGUUGGUUACUUGAACUAUUUAGUUGCUGUGUUAAGUAGGUUUGUUUAGGUUUUCCUUUUUAAACCUCCAGCUCAGUCCUUGAUUCUAUGCCUUAGUAAAAGAAGAAAAACCUUCUGCUUGUAACUGAAAUAAACGUUAUUAUUUGAUAGGGUCAGUUCACCUGAUCAAUCCGUGCAUUUUUUGUGUGACUGUAUAUUAAACAAACUUCUAAGUCUUAAACUCUAAARAGGAGUUGAAAAUCAAGUUAAUGUCAGAUUCUGCACGUAGACUGUUCCUGGUACAGACUGUUUGAGUGCAAGUGAACUUCAAAACUUUUAAAACUCUGUUCAUAGAUCUAAUAAGAUACCUUAUCCUUAAGGAUUCUUAUUGGCAUCUCUUCCAUCUAAAAAUAAAUGCAAAGCUAAAACGUCUUUUCAGUUGUGCUUAAUUAUACUU